AUGGUUUUACCAAGGCGGUCAAUUCAACAAGGCUCAUUGGAGGAUUUCCCUUUGCCCGUCAGCUCAGAAGACAUAGCUGAAAAUACGUACAUUGCACUGGUAACUGCAGUAAAGGGCCAAUCCCUUUUCGAAAUCUCGCUUCCAGUUUCGAUAAACUCCGAUGCGGACAGCCGCGUGCAGACAGAUGGCCCACCAUCAUCCGGUGUUCUUGUGCAGUUGCCUAACCGGUUUAAAAACACGCUUUGGGUAAAACGGGGUGGCUAUGUGAUGGUUAAAAUUUAUGAAAACCCGUGCAACAAAAUCAUCGGGCAAAUUGAGCAUGUUCUGUUUGAUUCCCAAAUCAAGCACAUAAAAAAGCAGGGCCUAUGGCCAUCUGUUUUUUCUUCGUGA